GUGAGGGAGUGGCAACAUAUAGCAAGUGCAGGUUUUACAACUGUCAGAAAGAGAGAGACUGACUGAGAGUGUGUGUGUGUGUGUGAGAGAGAGAGAGAGAGAGAGAGAGAGAGGAGGCUGAAGUGAAAAUAGUGCAAGAACAGAAAGAGCCCUACACACCACACCACAGACAGACGAGGGAGUGAGCAUCCAGAGAAAGAGGAAGAAAGAGUGGGAGGCGAACAAAGAGUGGGAAGGAGGCAACCAUGCUGAGGAGGAAGAGGAGCGUGUCCUUCGGAGGAUUUGGAUGGAUCGACAAAUCUAACAUUUCUGCCCUUCGAGCACGGACUGUGUAAUAAAUAGCCAUUGCAAGUACACCUCUCGUUCCAUCCUGUGAGUGAAAACUGGAGAUUGAGUAAAUAGAAAGGAAAGACACAGCACCUUGACCAUGCCACGCAAAUUGUGGAAGCAGGAGAUGCUGACCAUCUCGAAUGUUCCCUUGGCAGACUGCCCUCCAUCUCCACCAAGAACUGCCCCUGCUGCCUUGAAGUCUACACCCUUUUUUGACUCAUUAGAAAAGAUGGAGGAUGAUUAUGUUCCAUACCCGAGUAUAGAGAAGGUGCUAGAAGAUGGUCCACCGUACCCUCAGGUGAUCCUUCCACAGUCUGGAGGUUACUGGAUCGAAGACACAGAGACUCCGGCCAUCACCCCAAACUCCGGAGAAAGCAAUUGGUAUCUUGAAGAAAUUGAGGAAUGUGGAGAGUUUGGAUAUCGACUUGAGAGUAACUAUGGCAUACGGGCGUACCGCAAGCACUUUCUGGGCAGAGAACACCUUGACUUCUACUGCACAACCAGCAGCCAUGGCAACCUUGUCCUGUCCCUCCGGCAUGAAGAAACAAAAGAUCAGGAGCAUCUGCACAUCAUUUUAAGGACUCCAGCAAAGACAAUCUAUGAUAGGAUUUUGGUCACAGGUUGGCCCGCGCUCCCCAGUGUGCCACAGUUAGCCAAGCUGCUUUGUGAAGAUAUUGCAAGCUUGAAGUUCAAUCCUGUGUUGUACCCUAAGGGAUCUCACUUAAUACUGAACUACGAUGAACAUGAGCUUAACAACACUUUCAAGUUUGGUGUCAUCUACCAGAAGCUUGGUCAGAAAUCAGAAGAGGAGCUGUUUGGAAACAAUGAGGAAACACCAGCUUUUACUGAGUUCCUCAGAGUGCUGGGAGACUGUGUGGAACUGCAGGAUUUUAAAGGUUUCCGAGGUGGUCUGGAUGUCUGUAAUGGGCAGACAGGCUCUCAGUCAGUCUACACUGAAUUUAAAGGGCAGGAGCUCAUGUUCCAUGUCUCUACCAAGUUACCCUUCACAGAAGGGGACACACAACAGGUUCAAAGGAAGAGACAUAUAGGAAAUGACAUAGUGGCAACAGUUUUCCAAGAGGAGGCCACACCGUUUGUGCCUGACAUGAUUGCAUCCAACUUUCUUCAUGCCUAUAUCCUGGUCCAGGUAGAAAAUCCGGGCACAGACGACACCACGUACAAGGUCUCUGUCACAGCAAGAGACGAUGUACCACACUUCGGUCCUCCCAUCCCAAAUCCGCCAGUCUUCAGAAAGGGCCCAGAAUUCAGAGACUUUUUGCUGACUAAGCUGAUCAAUGCAGAACUGGCUUGCUAUCGUUCAGAUCGAUUUGCCAAGCUUGAGGAAAGAACACGAACAGCAUUGCUGGACAGCCUCCAUAAUGAGCUUCACAGACAGACUCAGGUGCUUCUGGGUCAGCCGCUCAGCGGUGAUGAGGAGCGAAUGGAGAACGGAAGCCACGGGGGAAUACUGGAGUCUAUCAAGAGAGCAAUGCGAGUGCGUAGUCACUCAAUGGAGACGAUGGCGGGCACUCAGAAGCACAGCCGCUCUUCAGGAGGAGGAGGAGUGCCCACCAGUCUGAGUGGAGUCGGUCUCACCCAUGGCAGCCCUGAGUGCAAUAGGAACUCGUGCCCAGUAUCAUCUACAGCUAAGUCUCCUUUGAAGAGCCCAGUGAAGAGACGCUCAUGUCUUUUCCCUCGACUGCACACUAGCAUGGAUGGCCAGAGUGAGCGUCCUACACGCAGUACACUCUGUGAUCAGAGGAGUCUAGACAACGGUCACCUCUCGCAGGACGUUAAAUCAGAGACCUCAUCCAACCCCAGCUCUCCAGAGAUCUGCUUGAGUAAUGAGAGACCAACUCUGAAGCUGGAGGAAUGCACUCGAAGCCCAGAAAUCUCUCGCUCACCAUCCAGCACAAGCAGCAGCGUGGCCGGAGAUACGGAUACAAUUGAGGAGGGCUACCCUGUUUCCCCCAGUUUGUCACCAGUAUGUAGUUCCGCUCUUGGUGUGGAAGGUCAACGCGCAGGAACUCCUGUUAUCAUGUGCCGCAGUCCCACGGACUUCAAGAGUAAGAAUUCUCCCAGAUCCAGCCUGAGAUUUCGCUUCGACAAGCUGAGCCACUCCGCGCCUGGGCACUAGUGACCGGAGAAUGAAGAGAGACCAGGAGCACUGUGUGAGCCACACAUGAGCUGUGGAACAAGACAGCACACUGAAGAAGGACACUGGAUUUAAGAUAUCGCUAAAGCUUGAGCUGCCUCCAAGAUGGCAUGAGUCACUAGGUCACACAUACACACGCCAUAUACACAAAUAACACAGCAUUAUUAGAGCUUAGCAGUUUUAUCCUGCCACUGAUCCUGUUGACCUGAAAUCUUCAGCCUAUGAUUUUGAUGAAGUCCCAGGUUAAUGCCAGAGCUUUUUAUAGCAAUAGAAAUGAUUUGUUGAGACAGGAUAGUGAAAGUUAUGCAGAACAACAUAUUUAAUGCAAAACAACAGAAUGGGUAUUUGAGACACCUUUGAUACAUGCUCAUGGUUUAUGUUUCACUGUUCAUGCAUUACGCUUUAUGGUCUUAAUAGUACAACUGAAUGAGGUCUUAAUAGUACAACUGAAUGAGAGGUUGUAAAAGCAGAAAAAGCACCUUAUUGCAGGAUUUAACAAACUUUUUGCAGUCGGGGGAUCCUCUCAGUGAGAACAAAACUCGCUGAUUCCCCUAUAAUUUUAGCACAGAUUAUUUUUAGCAUUAUCAUACUAUACAAAUAUUAAGUGCAUUAAGCAAAAAUGCGCCUUUUUAUUUAUUAAUUUUUUUCUUCUUUUUUAUAUAUAAUUUGUACAAACUUCCACACAAGAGUUCAGUUACAAUGUAAAAAUGUUUCCAUACUUUUGUUUCUUCUACUUAGAUUCAAAAUACAUAGUUGGUUUCAUAUUUUGCAACUUUAAUUAAAUCCAUAAAAUUUUACGGGACCAGUCGCACUUAAAACUAUAAUAACUAUAACAAUAUUAGUUUAAAGUGAUCUCCACUGUCAUAACAAUGUUCAUGAAAAAUUUCAAUCUUUAGCCCCUAGGGUAAACACCACAAGGUCCCUUUGCUCACAGGAUGCUGUGCUACUGCACAUUGCUUGAUUAAAUCGGCAUCUCUGUCAAUUAAGUAAGUAAUAAAACCUGACAUCGAUUAUUUUUCCUAUAACAGCAUUUCCUGAAGUGUUCCUCAGAUACCACAGCAAUUUGCCAGCCCUAAGAAAUAUUGUAUUAAAUUUAUUGACUUGUAGUUACAUUCAAUCUUGUAGAACAUCCAUGAAACAAGAUAUUUCCUGUUACUACAUAUGUCACAGGAGGUAUAAACUACUGUUCCAUCAUCAGAUAUACAGUCCAUUUCUUUCUCUCACUUAAAGUUAAAAAGGCAGUUUCUUUGCAGAUGUUAUAAAAAAAAAAUGGCACUGAUACUAGAGACCUUACAUAAAUUCCUUACAUAAAUAUAAACUAAACAUCACUUCACAGAACGCUUCACUAUUUCAAUUUAGUCUGUUUAUAUGGAAAAUCUGCAAUACAAGUUCCUUCGUGAAAUUGAAAACGAGAUUUUUCUUUCUUCGCGCACUGAAAUAAAAAUUACAUGUAUCAAAACAUUUAAAUUAAGAGCGGAAUUUUCACUAAGUAAAAUACUGUAUGUAAAUUAACCAACAGUAAACAGUGGGAAAUAUUGGUAUGUUUAGGUUAAGAUAAUUAAAUGAAAUUAAGUACAGGCCGGAAUUAUUUCUAAUAUAAAAUUGUGACUAUAAAACUUGCUGCAAAAAAUGCUUUCAGAGCUGCUGUUAUAUAAAUUUAAUCAUGUUCUGACCAAUCAGUAUCAAGCAUUUAACUGCACUGUAGCAUUAAAAUAAACAAAUAAGAUAAUAAUGGGUAUUGACAUUUGUGACACUAGUACCAAUGCUAGUGACUCCAAAGAAAGUAAAAUGGUACUAAUUUCAGACCUCGAGGACCACUUUAGAAAUCAGCCUUUUACAUCUUCUAAUACAUAUUUAUUCAAGUUGCACAAUGCUGUCUUUAAUUUGAACUUGAGCAUGGUAAUGUUUGAUUCCAAAAAAUACAAUGAGCUGUUAUCUUUUAUGAAAUUUUUAAUGCCAUAUAGAGAUAUUAUAUGUAAUAGGAAGAAAUGCACUUGUUUGUACUAUAAGGCCAGCACUGUAUAAUUUUUAUUAUUGUUGUUGUUGUUAUUAUUAUUCUUACUUAAAUAGGCUUUUUAUUGAUCACAUAGUGUGUCAGUCCACACCUUGCACAUUGCUUACUUUUUUCAUUUGUUUUACUGUAUACUGCUUUUAAAUGAAAAAGAAAAAUUGGGAAUUUUAUGGUGGCGUGGGAAAACCCUUCAAUGUACUGCAAGCAUUUUUAAACUGAUUCAUCUUUCAUGUUUAUGUGUAUUUCAACAACAUGAAAAUUUAUAGCACUUUAAAAAUCUGCCUAAAAAAGAAAAAAAAUUUAGGACUUCAUCCUAAUCCCAGCGAAAGAUGCAUUUCAACAUUUCUGCUAAAUUUCAACAUUUUGAUUUAUUGAUAUGAAUUCAAAGAAUCACUGUUUAAUUCAGAUCUGAUUUCUAAAUUUUCAAACAGAUAUAUGUAUUGCAUAGAAAUAUAUAAAAAUGGAUUGGAGUUUUGUGGGGGAGAAAACAUAUUUUUUCAUCCUGAAUUUAGCCAUGGUAAUAUCUGAGGUUUUUCCCAGACCAACACACAAAUAAUUUAUCUUACAAUAUUCUGACUGACAUUGUUAUAAAUAAUAUUACUGUAAUGAAUUUACCAAUAUGUAGAUUUAUUAGAUAUAUUGAUAUCAAUUAGAACAUCAGAAUUUUGCUAGACUGAAGCUUGGUGACUAAUCUGUGCAGACAUUAAACCCUCGACCAUGGAGGCCCACUUAUUUGCACAGGCUCAGGUUUUCUCUGUUGCCAACACACCUGAUCCAUUUUAUGGAGGUCAUAUUAUAUUUUUUCCUCAUAAUUUGGGGAAAGGUUUAAAUUAAUGAAUUAAUUAUAUGUUACUGUGAGCUGAUAGUAGUUGUCAAUGUUCAUUGACUGGUGCAUUCAUGUCAUUAACCUGUUUGGGUACAUAUUUUAAUUGCAUAUUUAUUUUAUUUAGGUCUAAUUAGGUAGGGUUAGUAUUUAGACUUAGUAUUUCAAAGAUAUUCUUAAACAUUGCAACUACUGACCAGUUCAAUUUUGAUUUAACCAUAAGUGUGCAAUUUGUAAUUUAAAAGAAAUGCUGUUUUGUUGAUUUGAUAAAUUUCAAUAAAACAAUAUUUUGUUGCUAAA